AGAGGUUAAAGUGGAGACGUUCCAACAUGGUGUUCUGAGAGCAAAACAACGUGAACGAAACCGUUUGAAGAGAAGAAGAGCUCGCCUUUUCUCCCUCAAACUCCAGCGGUUUUUUCAGCGGUUUUUUGGCACGAUUAUAUUUUUCGUCUCUCGAUCAUGCCGUCUGCUUGUGACUCUCUGGUCGAUGAUAUCGAGGACAUGGUGACUUCUCAGGACCCCACUCCUUAUGAGCGGCAGUUUGCCCGGAGAAACAUUGUGCCUCGUCCUCGCAAACACAAGCCUCAGUCUGCAGGAGAAGAGCUUCAGACAGACAGUGUGAUUCCUGGCACACAGAAGAUCUGGGUGAAGACGUGGGGCUGCUCACACAACAGCUCUGAUGGAGAGUAUAUGGCUGGACAGCUGGCAGCCAGUGGAUAUAAGAUCACAGAGAAUCCAUCUGAUGCCGAUCUGUGGUUGCUGAACAGUUGCACAGUCAAAAACCCAGCAGAAGAUCACUUCAGGAACUCUAUCAAGAAAGCGCGGGAGCAGAAUAAGAAGGUGGUUGUGGCAGGAUGUGUUCCACAGGCCCAGCCCAGGACCGACUACCUCAAGGAGCUCAGCAUCAUUGGGGUCCAGCAGAUCGAUCGAGUGGUGGAGGUGGUGGAGGAGGCUGUUCAGGGUCACUCUGUGCGUCUGCUGGGUCAGAAGAAGGAGAAAGGCAAGCGUCUGGGAGGAGCGAGGCUGGAUUUGCCCAAGAUCAGGAAGAACCCGCUGAUUGAAAUCAUUUCCAUCAAUACUGGCUGUCUGAACGCUUGCACGUACUGCAAAACCAAACAUGCCAGAGGAGAUCUGGCCAGUUACCCCAUCGAGGAACUGGUGGAGAGAGCCCGGCAGUCCUUCCAGGGUGAGGUGUGUGAGAUCUGGCUGACCAGCGAGGACACAGGCGCGUACGGCAGGGACAUCGGCACGGACCUGCCCUCUCUGCUCUGGGAGCUGGUGAAGGAGAUCCCGGACGGAGCGAUGCUGCGCUUGGGCAUGACCAACCCACCCUACAUCCUGGAACACCUGGAGGAGAUGGCCCGAGUCCUGCAGCACCCGCGGGUCUACUCCUUCCUCCACGUGCCGGUGCAGUCGGCCUCUGACAGCGUCCUGAUGGACAUGAAGAGAGAGUACUGCUGCGACGACUUCAGACGCGUCUCUGACUUCCUCAAGGAGAGGGUUCCAGGCAUCACUAUUGCCACGGACAUCAUCUGUGGUUUCCCAGGAGAGACGGAGGAGGACUUCGAGCAGACGAUGGAGCUCGUGAGGCAGUACCGCUUUCCCAGCCUCUUUAUCAACCAGUUCUACCCACGACCGGGCUCAGCGGCCAAGAUGGAGCAGGUCCCAGCUCACGUGAAGAAGCAAAGAACCAAAGAGCUUUCUGCCCUCUUCCACUCCUACAACCCUUACGACCACAAGAUCGGCGAGAGGCAGCGUGUGCUGGUCACCGAGGAGUCCUUUGAUUCGCAGUACUACGUCGCUCACAACAAGUUCUACGAGCAGGUCCUGGUGCCCAAGAAGCCAGAAUUUAAAGGGAAGAUGAUCGAGGUGGACAUAUACGAGGCUGGGAAGCACUACAUGAAGGGCCGGCUGGUGGAGGAGGCGCAGGUCUUCACUCCGUCCAUCGCUCAGCCUCUUCUGAAGGGACAGGUGUCUGGACUCCCUCAGGAACCGAAGGCGUCCCAUCAGAACGGCGUCCGUGCUUCGGUGGUUUCGCCUGCGCUCGUGGGACGGUCCUGGAGGUUUGAUAGUGAUAAACUCAAGCUGCUGUCAUUGGGACUUGCUCUAGCUGCUGUAAUCGUGGCUCUUUUGAUUGACAAGCUCCACUGACGGCGUAAAGUCAACACAACGUGACGUACGAGGCCUUAUAGUGUGACCCGAAAACUUAAACCAGCACUCGAAUAUAAUAUCUUGUGUUUAAAGGUCAAAUAUGUAUAAAUGAGGCUGGACGGUUUGGGACAUUUUAGUUUUUAACUGCUAAUUAAAGACUUGUUUAAAUUUUAAAGGUUGAAACUUGUUUUUCUUUCCAGUGACAGCAUCCAUUGUGACGUUUUUGUGUUCUUUUUUUGGUCAAGUACUUUUUUUUGGUUUGUUUGUUUGUUUGCAGAAAUUGAAGCCUCUUUGCCUACGAACAAGGACAGCUUGAAUGCGUCUUUGGCUUUCUGUUCAUUUUCAAUCCCAGCAGUCAUUCAUUCUCAGGCCAGGUGUCUCACUGUUGGCUUUGGGCUAAGAGCAACAGACUCUUCCCGUCUUUGUUCCCAGCAUAAAGCACGUCUAAUAAAUGAGACUCCACACUCUCA